GUUUUUUUCCUUUUUUUUUAAAAAAAAAUACAAAUCUGCAUAUUGAUUUUUAAACAAACAAACAAAUCCCCCCCGCACACAAGCCUGCCUCCGGGAGGGAAAUAGCCAGGUGAAAUCUCACUCUGUUUCCAUGGACAACCCGUCCAUUAUCACCCAGGUGACUAACCCCAAAGAGGAGGAGAUCCUGUCCUGCACUCAGGAUAAAGUGUCCCAAUGUAAUAUCAGCUUGAAGAAGCAGAGGAGUCGAAGUAUCUUUAGCACCUUAUUCUGCUGCUUUCGUGACUACAAUGUCGAACCACCAUCAACCAAUAGCACCAGUGCUCUUCCUCCUUUGGUGGAGGAGAAUGGAGGACUUCAGAAGGGUGACCAGAUGCAGGUCAUGCCUAUACCAAGUGGAAUAUACUAUUUCCACGGGACUGAAGCAGUGCAGCAGUCGUUUCACUACAAGCCACCAGCUAAAUACCUCCUGCCAGAACUGACAGCAUCAGACUAUGGGAAGAAGUGUGUGGUCAUUGAUUUAGAUGAAACUUUAGUGCACAGUUCAUUUAAGCCAAUUAGCAAUGCUGAUUUCAUCGUUCCUGUUGAAAUUGAUGGAACCAUACAUCAGGUUUACGUAUUGAAACGACCACAUGUGGAUGAGUUUCUUCAGAGGAUGGGAGAGCUCUUUGAAUGUGUACUCUUCACAGCCAGUCUAGCCAAGUAUGCAGACCCGGUAGCCGACUUACUGGAUCGCUGGGGUGUGUUCAGGGCAAGGCUCUUCAGAGAAUCCUGUGUUUUCCACCGAGGAAAUUAUGUGAAGGAUCUGAGUCGACUGGGACGUGAGCUGAGUAAAGUUAUUAUAGUAGAUAAUUCUCCUGCAUCUUACAUCUUCCAUCCUGAAAAUGCAGUGCCUGUGCAGUCCUGGUUUGAUGACAUGACAGACACAGAGCUGCUAGAUCUUAUUCCUUUCUUUGAAGGACUAAGCAAAGAGGAAGAAGUUUACAGUAUGCUUCAUAAACUCUGCAACAGGUAGCCCUUAACUUUGACUGACUUCUGCUACUAGAUUGAAGUUGCUAGAGGCUGUCUCCAUCUUUUUCAGCCCUUUCAAAUGUAAGCUCUGGGGAGAUCACCCCUGUCAGAAGUGCUACUCUUGAUCUUCCUGUUACAUUGGACACGAAGGACAAUCAUGAGUGAUGCUAUUAAGCCUUCAGAAGCCUGACUCCUACGGUCAUGUGUUCAGACUACUUUUUUAAAGGAAAAAAAAAAAAAAAAAAAGAAGCUAUUUUAAAUGGGACUCUUUUAAUGAAUUUCAUAAAUGGACAUCUUUUACUGGAUCAGCUUUUCUUAAAACAUGCCAAAAAAAGAAGCUUGUAUUUCAGCAGUUGAAUUUCUCUCCCUUUCUUCCCCUCCCACUAUGCAGACAAUUUUACCCCCCUGCUUAGAGCAGUUGACCUGACUCUGAAUUUUUUCUUACAGAAUGAAGUGCCUUUUUGAAUGUUAUUUUAAGAUAAAAAUUCAUUUUUGUAUAAGACGUAUUUCCAGACAUCUUUUAGUCUUGUAUUGUCUAAAUGCUUUAAAAGGAAAAAGGAAAAAUUUUAUAGAGCACUGUAAUAUAUAACAAAGGAAAAAGUUGAAACAAAGAUGCUGGGUUCCUGUCUCCACAAUGACAUUAAGUUGUAUUACAUUUUGUCAUGCUCAGAAGGUUUAAGCGUUUGUGGGAGGGGUGAUUUGGGUUAAUUACAUGGUUGUUUCACUGAUAUGAUUUUGGGCACAGUUUUGAACAUAUCUGCAGUUGUUUGAGUAUUAGGGAAUGAUGGAAUUGAGAAAAUAAGGUGGCUAAGAGAUCUAAAGCACCUUUUCUUCUAGACAGAUGAAGUUCUAUUGUCUCUGCUUACGCACAACUGCCAUGCCUCUCGUUUUUUUUGGAAAACCAUUAUCUUGGGAGAAUGGGGAGGAGGUCUAUUUAUUAGUUUAAGAUUCUUUUCUUAAAAAACCCCAUCUGGGUAAGCUGGAUCUGUAUUGAGCUGUUUGGAGUACUUUUUUCUUUUAAUUGCUGCUACUGUAUACUCACCAAAUGGAGUUGACCAUCGGCUGUUAUACUGUUUUUGCCACUGUGCCUGUGCUAUGAAACAUUUUCUGUAAGCUGCAAACUUGGGCAAUAAAUAAAAUGCAGGCUUCAUAACCCCACCCCUAUGUAUUAAUCCUACGGUAUCUGAUAUACCAGAGAGCUCAGUUAAAGGUGACCUGCAAAGGAUAUAUUUUUUUUUUAAAUAACUUUUUUUUUUUUUCAAUUGGGAUGAAGCCCUCUCCUUUCUUUGGUAUAUAAAAAUGCAAAAGUAUUUUUUCCCACAUGUCUGAUUUGUAUUUCUUCUUCCUCAAGGUGUAAGGUACAGAUUGGGAGCUUUAUCGAGUCUUGCUAGAAGG